CUUCAGCAACGGACUUCAUCUCCAAAAUUUAACUCGUGCAGCUUUGAUAGACUACAGGCAGGAGCUCACCGAGGGUACAAGGGAUUAAGAGGUGAUCAGUCUCAUGAUGCCAAGAAGUCUCAUGAUGCCAUGCCAAGAAGUGAUAGUUUGAAGGGUUCCAUCUUUUCAGGGGAUAAGAUGGCUUCAGCAGAGGAUCCUGGCAUGCCCGGCUCACAGGAGGAUGGGGGAGGAAUUACUAAGCAGCUCUCUUAUGCAGAAUGCAGCAGAGAGAGUUCAGGUCCACAACUCACUACUGAUGAAAGUAAUGAUAUGACACUCUCAGCCUCAUCAAAUACUUCCAGCAAAUGUGAUUCCAAUCAAGAAUUAGAAGACACAGAGAAAUCCAUAGACAGCACACAUGUCAGUGGAAAAACAAGAAAGGACCACCCUAAAGUCAAAGUGGUUCCUUCGCGUUACAAGACCUCCACAGCAUCACGGAACAACACUGUCAAUAGCAACAGUAGUGGCAGCUCCAGCAGUCAGAGCAGGAGCUGGUCAAAUGAAACCCUUAAUGCAGGUCCUUCUGUAAAUAAGAAGCAGAUCCAGAAGUCCAAACUUAUCAGAGGCAAGCCGGAGGAUUUAUUAAGAACAAAGCCAAACAUACCAGCGCAGUCCACGUCUACAACUCGGCAAGCUGCCCCACACCAGCCAGUACCCCAGCGAAGCACAGCUUUAAAGCCUAGAUCAGCAAGAGUUGGUGCCAGUAAGCCUAGCAGGCCCGCAGUUGUUGGUAGCAAAGAAAUCCUUCACUCCACAGCUUUAAAUACAACCUUGAUGGCAGAUGUAGCCAGUGGAAAAAACAACAGUAUGCUGAGCUCAACAAUUGUGAGUGGUGUUACUCCAGGAGGUUUUAAGCAUAACACUGCCAGAGCUGCAUUGCUGGAGCUUCCAGAUAUAUCAGUCAUCAGACCAGAGGGAAACAGCAGUGGAAACAGAACUGUUCUUUCAUCAGUAAGCGAGGAAGAACCUCAAAAUGAUUGUGAUGCUAGCACAUUAGUUGAAGUAACUCCAGAGAUGCUAGAACAAGAGUACGUGAAAUAUCUUCAUUGGGGAUAUGUAGAUAUUAGCAGUGAAAAGGCUUUUGCUCUUCAGCUCAGAGAAAUGCAGAAACAAAUUGCUUUCUUGGAGCAUUUAGUCAGUGAGAAGCAACAAGAAGUUUCUGAAUUGAAGCAGAAAACUGACAUCCUUGUACACCACCAGAGGGUCAGUGAGGCUUAUGGUCUGCAAAUGAAACUUCUCGAGGCACUUGAAAAUGACCUUCCAGCCUGUGAAGAAGCAGAAAGGAUUAUGGAGAGAGAACUUGAGAAAAAGUUGCACCAAAUCAAGAUGGAAAAUAUAUAUGUUCCUCAAGACCAUGUCCAAUACAGAGAUGAAUUGUCAGGUGCUCUCAAUACACAAGUGUCAUUAUUGCAAAACCUUGAAAACUUGAUGGAGCCACAGACACAAAAAAGAAACUCAACCAUCAAACUGGUGGCAGAUCUUCAGAAUAUUACUGAGUGUGUCCUAAGAUGUGAGAAGGAAAUGCAGCAUGCUGCAGGAAUGGCAGUGGAAGAAGCAUCCCAUCAGCUUGGAGCCAAACAAAUGGCUCUUGAUGUUGAAUCUGAUAAGUAAAGUCCAAUGUGCUGGUGAUGGGAAAACUUCGCCAGCCUGUCCUGCCCAUCGUACUGGAGGAAACGUCCUCAUCCUGUUCCCUUGCGUUCCAUUGUCCCGCAAGAAACUGAUUGGGAGCUAGCUGUGGUGCUGGCACAGGAAUUGCAGUGGUACCGGAGACUUCACAAGACAAAUGAUUUUUAUAUGAUUUACAGUAUUGUUCUUUUGAAUAAAAAUUAUUUUUCAAUUAUU